UUGGUACCAUACAGUCCAUAUUACUAGCGCGUCAGUCCUUUUUUUCCUACCCAUGAAUAGAAAUUUUCCAACCCCUCAUGGGUGGAGUGUGAGCUGAAUGAUUUUUCCGUAAAAUGGACCUUUGUCUUGGUGUGUAUUGUUGAAGGACUAUUUCGCAUUUAUUUUUCAAUAGUUCUCUCGUGCUAGGUGAUUAGAAAACUUUAAACGUGAAGAAGUUACUGAACCGCUUUGGUGCAAUGUGUUUUGGAUAACGUCCAAUAGUGUUUUUGCAUUCAGCGGAAGUAGUUUCGUAAUCGAUAGAAAAAGGAAAAAAUUGUGACAAAAUCGAUUAGCGCGAGUGUUCGAAGAAAUUUUUUUUUCUUCAAAAUUUAAAUUUUAGUUUUACAAGGGAGUUUUACUGUGAAAUGCAGCAAUAUAGCUUGUAUUGAAACUGCGAAAUAUCUAGUGAUGAAAUUCAAAUCUACAGAAAGUGCGAAUAAAAGAAAAAGUUUCAUGAAAUUGGGUUUUCUAUGCUAGUGCUCUGACGUAAGUCUAGUUGAAACACUAAAGCUAGAUAAUAGCUUCUGCGUUUUUUGUUACGAAUUACGGAUCAUGGAUGGAAGCAGAUAGUGGGUACAAGAAAAGGGUUCAGAAACUAUUUAUCCCAAGGCGAGAGGCGUCUCGGAAAAGUGUUGUAGAUGGAAAUCGUCAAGAGGGUCAGCGUUUUGUAAUAUACGAGUGUUUUAUACAUGCUGUGCUACAUACGUAAGAAGACACAAGUGCUCAGUGAAGUAUGUGGUUCUAUUGUUAUUUUUUUAACAAUGUUACCAUGCAAUAAUUGAAUCGGCUAAGAUGAACAAUGUAAAAGCUACACAAAUAGAAAAUGUAUGAUCUCUCACAUGUCAACGGGUAAUAAAUUUUUGCCUUAGUCGAAUUUUUAAUUUAUUCAGUGAUUACAAAUUGACACCGUGCUAUCAUUAUCGUAUGGUUUUAGAAUAUUGUAGAAGAUCGAUGCUAUAAAAAUCGUCUUAUAGUUAUGGAACAACAUCCGUUGUUACUAGGAAAUGAAAGCAUCCAUGACAGUGGCAUCAUAGAAGAUGUCCACCAGGAGUCGGAGGAUACCGGGAAUGAGGAAUACGGCGAUGAAAGUAAUUUGGAGUCCAAUCUACGACGCAGAAAGGGAAAAAUAAUUUCUUGCGUAGAAAAUGCGUCCAGACUGAUUAGACGACGGGUGCCCUGUGCAGGACAUCUUAUGACACCUCGGCGGCUUUGGCUAAACAAAAUUCCAACACAGUGUGAUGUGGUCAUCGAAUUUCCAGAGGAUGCCCCGGACGAUGCGCUUCGGUGGCUACUAAAUAAGAUUAAAUCAACUCCACCUGAAGGCUUAGGUCUAUCGGCUACAGUGAGAGCACAUGACAGUACAAAACGAACUGCUUUCUAUAUUACAGCACCAAUGAAUGUGUUGUUCAAAGCAGCGGAGGAAGCACGUCUGCCUAAAAGGCUUCGUCCGGAUCUUGGUGGAGCUUUGAAAGAAUUCACUAAACGAGAAAGUCACUGUUUUGUCCAGUCCAAAGAUACCGAUGGCGCAAAUACUUUGUUCACGUCACAAGAACGGCAGUGGCUUGUACUGCAGGUGCUGCAAGGACUCAGAGCUGGUGUGACAGAUCUGAAGGUGCUUCAGGGAAGAGCAGAAGUCACAGAAGGUCAGAGUAUAGUGGUUGCCUGGCAAGAAUUGGGUCUGAUAACACAAGUGUUUCCUCUACACGAAACAAGCGCCUUACAGCAGCUACAGUCAAGUUGGGUACGAAAGUUUUUCGCACCACAGCCCUUAGAUGACAUCGCAGCAUACUUUGGAGUUAAGGUUGCUUUAUAUUUCGCCUGGCUGGGACAUUAUACUUGUGCGCUUUGUGUGCCAGCCGUUCUUGGCACAAUUCUUUACGCUGGUCUAUGGGGCCAGGGACAGACCGCACACGAUAUUGGACACGUAGUUUUUUCUCUGUUCAACGUGGCAUGGGCGUCGCUGUAUUUGGAGGCCUGGCGGCGAUAUUCUGUUGAACUUGCCUUUCGUUGGGGCACACUUUCAACUCCACCAGAGCUGUUGGAACCUCCCAGACCGUUAUAUAAGGGUCCGCUGGAAGAAAGUCCUGUGACGGGGCGACUAGAGCCACGAGAAUCUCCUGCCUGGCAGCGACGAGCGUUCCGGUAUCUAGUUAGUUUUCCAAUUAUUGGACUAUGUUUAGUGCUAGUAUUUGUAGUGAUGUUUCUGAUGUUGCAACUUCAGGAUUGGCUCGAUCAGCACUUACCAAAUUCCAGCGGUGGCCUCUGGGAUUGCAUGUGCAUGGUAUCGAAGGACUGGUGGGAUGAAAAACUGCCCGAGCAGGGUAUUUUCAGUUGCCUGAGUGUAAUACCGAAGGUCCUUCUAGCUGGUGCCAUCACACUCAUGGAUGAGGCGUACUACAAGCUGGCCGUCUGGUUGAACGAUAAAGAAAAUUAUCGUCUUCAGUCUAAGUACGAGAAUCACCUCAUCGGUAAAGUUGCAUUGUUUCAGUUUGUGAACAGCUUUUUGUCGCUGUUUUACAUAGCGUUUUACCUGCGCGAUCAAGAUAAACUCAAGGAGCAAUUAGCUGGUUUGCUAAUAUCUCGGCAAAUUAUCGGCAAUCUUAGAGAAUCUGCUUGGCCGUAUCUGGUGGAACAAUGGAAGCUAGCCAAGCUGAGUUUUAAAAUGUGGGGAGCUCUGAGCCCCACCCAAGAAAAUUUGCCUCCAACGGAAAAUAAACAAGUAGGUGACAACAAGGGCUCAUCAGAAUGUACCUCAUCGACACCGAAGCGAUCAAUCGGACAAGCUGAAAUUGAGAGCUCCUUAUAUAAAUACGAUGGCACAUUUUCUGACCACCUGGAGAUGCUAGUUCAAAUGGGAUAUGUGGUCCUGUUUUCGGCAGCUUUUCCUUUGGCUGGAUUGUGUGCCUUGGGCAAUAAUUUGUUGGAGAUACGAUCAGAUGCUUUUAAGUUAGCGCAUGUUCAUCAGAGACCGUUUGGACAACGAGUAGCGAACAUUGGAACAUGGCAAAAUGCCUUAGGAAUGCUAGGAUUGGCAGCUGUGAUAGUAAACUGUGCCCUGAUUGGCCUAUCAGGUCAAGUCUCACGACUUUGGCCAGGUCUUACCUCGACACAAACUGUAAUAUUGAUAGUCGCACUGGAACAUGUAAUGUUGGCGUUAAGGUCAGCCUUGACUUGGUUAUUACCAGAGCUUCCAUCUUGGCUCGCAGCUGAAAUAGCCCGGGCUGAACAUUGCCGUCGGGAGAUGCAGUGUAAAGGUCCUUCUCCGCGUCAAACACCACCGUCUCCACCAUCAUCAACCUCGCUAUCCCACCAUGAUCAGGACUUCAACAGUAAUCAGGAUAUAUUCGAAAAAACAGAGCAACUAGUUGGAAGUCAUGAUAAUCAGGAGAACGAUCUGGAACGACUGACGAUAAGUGAUGUUAUAACAAAGCUAGACAAUCUGAGCGGUCAGCUUCAUCAGCAACAGCUAGAGCAACAGCAACAACAGCAUCAGCAACACCAACAACAGCACCAGCAGCAACAUCAACAGCAUCAUCAAACGCACCACAACAUCAUGCAACAACAGAAAGAGUGUCGUAGUAGUAAUGACAAUAUCGACAUCUUUACCACUGACACUAGACAGGCUACACCAGAUUCACCGAUUUCGCAGACCAGCACUGUAUUCUUACGACCUCUUCAAGACUCUCCUCUUAGUGGUCAGUCGGCACAAACUGUUGCAUUAGAAUCUUCACAACCAAUCUCAGGUGCAUGUCGAACGAAGUCAAAUAUAAAGCUCGCUGAAAUUCCGCCAUUCCGUGGAGAGUCGAUGAGGCACAGUUAUAGUAUUUACGAUAAGCGAAGCAUCAAUCUUGGUGAACCAAUGAACUCCAGAGUGUCGUCGCAGCCUAUUCAAAUUCCGGAAAUUCCGCCAUUCCGAAAGCAAGCCCAUUCCACAAUGCACUCACCAAUCAAUCAAAGUCCACAGAACAUCUCUUCGGCCAAUCCAUCGCCGCCUAGAAUAGCCGAAAUUCCUCCUUUCCGGCCACGCAUAAAAUCUAAAGAAUGGAUGCCCAACAUCGAGCACACCGAACAUCAUCUCACAAUUGGUCCUAGUGGUGGGGCCGAGUGGGCUAAACGUUUGAAGGCAGCAGAUCCUUCUAUUAUACACAGAAGCACCGAUUGUAUUGUAGCAAAGCAACAGGAGCUCGCCUCGUCGGGAUUAGAGCCAGAGCUCUUAAAAGCGGCUCCUUCUUGGAGUCACAUGGCUCAGAAAGCUCCAGAACAAGCCGGACCAAGCCCGGGUUCACCACCGAACAAAAUGCAAACAGAAGAAGAAGCUAAAGCUGCGGCGGAGCUGGCAGCCAAGAAAUCUCGCAUCAAGCAAAGCUUGGUAAAACGGGCUCGUUCCGUGGCAAUAUUCUCUCUGAAACUGAAGGAACAACGAGCGAAACGUGCCGAAAAAGCAGCCCAGGAAGCUAGAGACGCACUUCCAACGGCACCACCUGGUGGUGAGCUCUCGCUUAUACCCAUCGAACAGUUGAUUCAAGUGGACGAUGUUCUCAAUCAGCGGCAUCAUAAUACCCAACAUUCCAAUGUGAGCAGUCACAAUAAUAACCACCAUAGCUCAGGAAAUACGUAAGACGAUGAGCAUUGUGCUGUAGCAAUCAGUUGCAGUUGCAUAUUUCACGGAGUGAGCAUUUUUUGUACAGAAUCAUAAAAUAACACAUUCAUAACAUUUGAAUGUAAUAUUUCAUAAGAUAAACUCUUGUUUGUAGAAGCAUUUCAGAUUGCUAAUGAUGGUUGAAUGCAAGUGUAAAUUUUGUGAAAAAAAAACUGAAUCGAACUUUCGAGAUUACUAUUAUUAUUGUGAUUAGGUGUUUUAGGCCUUUAGGCAUCUACGAAUUAUACAUAGCUAAGAUAAGAAGGUAAACGACAUCAGGAAGGUAUAGUAAUAGUGAGAACCUCAUGCAAUAAGGCGGACGAAGUUUGGGAAAACUCAACAUUGUUGAAAAUCAAAACAUGGUGUACUUAAGAUUUCAUUUGUCAUGAGGUGUUGUUGAAUGUGACAUAACCACAAAUAUAACUUGAUUUUAAUUAGUUACGAGCAAAAUGAGAUUAUGUGAUGAGUGCAUAACAUUAAAAAAAGCUAUGAGUUACAAUCAUUUUUAUUAUUUUAAAAAUAAAUUCUCGCUGCAGUUGAAUACUGGGAAACAGUAUUAGCGACAAUUAUUACUUACACACUGCACAGCAAUGAGUUUAGAGCUGUGCGCCGACUCAGAAUAUGAAAAUCAACGACGCAGAAAUAUUUUCCUAGCUUACGAGACUAGUGCCUUUUACUUUGAAACCCGGGUAUUUUCAUAAAUAGACAACGGAAAAAAGUUACCACACUGGAUGAAUUAAGAUAUUGUGUUUACUUUUGUGAUGUCAACGGCAGUUUUCAGGGUAGAAAUUUUAAAUUGUUCCCCAGAUCGAGAAUAUUGUACUAUCCAUGCGAAUAACUUGUACAUGCACUGGUGAAUCGGUGGCUUCAUCUGUUGUCAAAGAUAGUCACGUUCCAUAUCGCAAUAAGGAUUGUAUUUUUUUGGUAUUUUUCAUUGGCUCGAUCAAAUGGUUAUUUGCGACGAUAUAAGGAGUGUAUCGAAAAUAAGCUAUCCACAAUUUGUUUUCAAAUUAUUAUAAAAAAUGAUAUUUUAUACAAACUAAAAAUUGAUCCUUUAUUGUACGAAGUUAAACUUAAGCAUAACCGGAUGAAAUUUAAAUUAUUCCUUCACGAAUUUUCGGACUUUUGAUCGAACGCUCUUCAUUAAGUUCCGGACAAGGUGUUGCAUUGCAUUUUUUGGACGCUUGAGCCCAAUUAUUUUUUAAAUCCUGCAUGUUCCCAGCUACUUUACCAGUCUUCUUGAAAACCCUCUUCGCGAUUGCCCAGUAACGUUCGAUGGGUCGAAGCUGAGGACAAUUUCGUGGAUUGAUAUUUUUCUCAACGAAAUUUAUACCCUUUUCCUCAAGCCAAUUGAGAGUGGUUUUGGCAUAAUGAGCCGUCGCUAAAUCCGGCCAAAACAGUGGAAGUGUACUAUGCUUCUUAUAUAAAGGCAGCAGUCUCUCCUGGAGACACUUAGAUUGAUAGAUUUCUGCAUUUAUAGUUCCGGUAGUGUAAAAAAUGGUUGACAAACCACAGGAACAUAUUGCUUACCAAACCAGUACCUUUCGACCAAAUUUCUCCACGCAUCGCUCACAUCCUCCCCAACGACGAUAGAAAAGUAGUGUGGAACUGGAAGGGUUUUUGAGUCCUCCUUUACAUAAGUCUCAUCGUCCAUCAAAACGCAUGCAUCCGGACACUGCAAAAGACGCGAAUACAAUUUCCGGGCUCUUGUUGCUGAUCGCUUCUUCUGUUCUACACUUUGUUUCGAGGUUUUCUGCUUCUUGUAGGUCUUCAGGUGAUUUCGCCUCUUGAUACGCUGGAUCAUUCCGACACUCGUUCCUGCUUUUUUAGCCAAAUCACGUAUUGACAUUCAUUUGUUCUUCAUUAUUAGAGAUACCAUUUUCAGGUCCAGUUUCGGGUUGGAAGAGCCGGGUUUUCUGUCUCUUCCUGGUAGCUCAUCCCAAAUUUAUUAAUGAUGAUUUUAACACUGGCAUGAUGAAUUCCAAACCGCUUCGCUAAUUUUCGCAUAGUAAUACCCUUCUCACUUAGCCACGUGUCCAGAACCUUAAUUUUCACUUCCUUUUUCAAUACGCGACAUUUUCUAAACGCAGAAUUUCAACUGAAUAAAAAAGUAAACAAACGAAGGCUGACAGCCGAACGCACAGCAUGCUGUGAUCUAAGCAUGAAAAACCAUCACAAAUACAUGCGUACAACACAAAUGUAUGUGGAUAGCUUAUUUUCGAUACACUCCUUACAUGAAGAAGAUAGGACGAUUUUCGCUUUUCCGACAUCAAUUGCAGCGAUAAUAUAAUACCACAUAUUAUUUCUACAGGUAAUUUUUAUGGCAACUAAUGGAUUACAUAUUGGUUUCAUCACAGAAAAUGAAUAUUCAGGCUGAAUCGAAAGGAUUCAAAAAGCUCUGUGAACUUCAAAUUACUAUAAUUUACUAGGUGCUCACUACUACCAACUACUCGGCUGUUCGUCUCGAAAUAAAAAAAAACGCUCUACAUUUUUCCUGAACGAUAGAAAAAUUCUGUUGACUAUUCCAUAGAUUUCUCCACUACAACAAUUACAACACUUCAAUAACAAUUGUCACAUUGUUUCAUAUCGUUUGAAUUGAAUCUAAAUCAAAACACCCCUCUUCUCUGUUAUAUUUAUCUAUACCAAAACAAAAUUUUGACGUCAUUGGUAUGUGGCGCCUUAGAUACAUAGUGACGAUCGCGGCGUCAUCUGGAAGUGUUCAAUGAAAGUUUCACACGCAGCUCUCAUGUGAGUCUGUAUAUCUGUUUUCUGUGGUUUCAGUAUCGAGAUUUAUUUUUUGAUUCUUAAAGCCCGUUGAAACAUUGCAUCAGAAGGUAUUAUGAAAUUGGACAGGAAGGCGGAGCUAAUGAUUUGAGUUUACCAUUUUGCAUUUUCAAACGACUGUGCUAGAUAUGUCAUUAGUGAGAUAAUGAUGUUCUAUAGUCCAUAUGCAUAACUAGUGGAUUCUUUAGCGCAGAUUUGCACGCUCAGUUGUAAAUGGUUUGCUUAGACAUUACGCGUUUAACGGCCGCUCAAUAUUUGAAGCUAGGUGUUCAUUGUUUUACAUCUAUUUAUGAAAAAUAUUUUGGUACAAAUGUGACUAUAUUUCUAAUGUAAGCAGUUCCUCUAAUUUACAAUUACAAUUAAGUGAGUUCGUAAUUUUUCUUCAUUUAACACUGACAAUCAAAUCAAACAAAGUCAAGUGAAAUAACUUACCUCCAUUUCUUUACUGUCAUUUUCAAUUGUUUACUGAAACCGCUAGUGUUGAAUAUUCUUACACUCAUAAUACAAUACAAUGCAAUCUGCUAUUAUUUGCAGUAUAUAUUCGUUACCAAAAUGGUACGCGAAAAAAGCAAUUAGCUUAAAUACACUAACUGAAUUGUGUUGGCUGCAAACGAAACGUAUGCUAUAAGUUUGGUAUGUUCAAAGUCAAAACAAAUGAGAUUAGAAUUGAAUUGAUUCCGUCACGUCAAUUAAGCCAGGUAACAGUAUUAGAAUCACAUAUUAACAGCGACAUUGAAACCGUCUUCGAAUUUCCAGCCGAAAUACAUGAAAACCGUUCUCACCGGAUAUAAACAUACUGGAGUUUCUAAAGAAAACGCUAUCUAAAAAGUCGAUAAUGAACAAAAUGCUUAACAAUACAUUACUGAAACAAUAUUCUUUUGUGCAACCUAUGUAGAUACAGUUUUCAUCUGUAGUCAAACUCGUUCUCUAUCCAUUGUACAAUUAACUCAAAUUUUAAACCUUAAAAUCUAACACUAACUUUGACGAAUAAACUCUAUCACCAAGUCAAUACAUAUUCUAAAUAAAAAACACACUGUAGAUGCUUUGCAUAUUGUAAGAAACGAAGGCAUAUUCUUUGUUAAUGUCGAUUACAAAAUCAUUUGAGUAUACGCUUUUGAUUUUGCUUGAUUACACUAGAAACUAAAUUCUACAAGUAAUUAUCUACUAAGUUUAUGACAUUCGAAUCAAGAAGUAAUUUUAAAUUGAGAAAUGAAAUAAAAAAUAAUUGCAUUUUAUUAGUUAACUAAAUUGUUUGUGACGAAGUGUAUAUUAUUGAAGUAAGGAAUAUAAUGUUGAUGUUACUUGAAAAUUA